AUGCAGGGUGCCAAUCACCAACAGGCCCCAGAGAUCGAAGGAUGUUCCAUCGCCAAUUUCAAUACCACCUACAUCAACAUGACUACCAGACGUAACCUUCCUGCAGCCGAAUACUACAGGGCCUGCAUACUGGGCCUCACUGGCAAGGACAUACAUCACAAUAUUCAGUACUCAAUUGAACCCACACGGAACAAAUUCGAGCCACCCAGGCAAGUCACUGUUGUCAGGGAUUAUGAUAGCUUCCUCUCCUUCACCGACUGGCUGCCUGUCAAGUCAGAUCUGUUCCUAUACCCCAUCAAUAAUCCAAUCGACACCUUGCACUCCAGUGUUCAUUUUAAGGUGCCUAUGAGCCUACGAGACAGACAGGCUGACAUACUUAUGUGCCCACAUCGUGUCCCCAACAUUUGUUUGGGUGCAAUUGGCAUCCGUACCAAAGUGCGGUUGUUCUUCCCACGGCUACAUCACGUCGACAGGAAGGACGUCGAGUUGACAUUUGAAGAGAAGCGAGGCCUGUAUGAAAAGGGUUUGAUGCCAGUCCUUCGCAACCUCAGUCCUGACACAGUGACUAAUUGGCCUGUCAACUACGAGGGUGCACAGACACGUGCGAGGAAGACUCGUGGAUUGUUUCAGUAUGGCACUCGUCCUUUCUCUGGCUCCCGAGUCAGGCGUUUCGGGUUCGAUCUAGCAGAGGCAUUGGGUACUGCAUUCCCCUGGGCAAAAGGGAUGCUCUUCAUGAUCCAGGUGCAAGGUGUGAAGGAGGCUCACCAACACCAUCCCGACGACAUCGACAAGGCAGAGGAUGCUUUGAGGAAUGCUCUCAGUGAUUUUCAUUAUGAUGAGCUGAUGGAAGAAGGUCAUUGUUAUGUCGAUGUCGGCCUUGAGCUGUCGGAGCCGGGCUAUGCAUUUCAAUGGCGCACUGAUGCUCACUAUGAGCUUCUCCAGGCUUUCACAGACAUGGAACCACAACGCACCCGCAACUUACUCGAGUCUCGCACAUUCGCUGUUGAUUACUCAUCUGGGUUGAUACAACUCUCCGGUUGUCGUGUCCCCAUCCCCAUACGCAACAACACAGACCCAGUCUAUUUCCAGGCCUACACAACAGAUAAAGCUCUCAUCCAGCAAAAAGAUCGCGGCCGACACGGUUUGGCGCUCACCGGCAAGGCUGCAUUGGCAGACGUGACUCCGCCAUACUUACAACGCCUCUUUGGAUUGUACUUUGAUGCUAAGGACACCCAUGACUGUGCUGCGAGGGUGGAGGUUCGAAUUCGGCUGAAAGACGUAUUCACUCAUGCCCUUGAUUUUCCUGGGUGGCUCAUGACAGAGAGUUUGCAAUGGAGAUGUGUCCGCCUCCAAUCAAUAAUCCGCACCUUAAAACUCCAGAACGAAGGACCGCCUGAGCUCCGCUUCACUUCCACUGCCCUCACUCUCACCGCAGGACUCACGUGGCUUGCCAAUGGUCUCCACUCUCGUCCUGACGAUGGUUCGGCUGCACGGGAUUUGAUAUGUGCAAUUCUCCCCCUCACGCACGAUUAUGAUGUAGACGGCAUUCAAAUCGUCCCUCGCCAAGACCACAUUGACAAUGAUGAUGGCCUCCCUUUCUGCGCUCAUGGGGCAUUCUUCUUGCGAGAUAUGGUGUUCCCCCCCAUCGCGGAUGUGCCACGCAUGACCCGGACCAAUGUCAUCAGCCACACCUCCUACAAGUAUUUCUUCGGUUGCGAUUUCAAUGUGCUCCGCAACAUGCACAACCCCACGGCAUACAUCCCUCGCAAUAGGAUUCCAAAAUCUCGGGUCAAUACACAGAAAGGCAUGUCCAAGCGCCACAGGGCUGAAAUUCCUGAGCCAUCUGCUGCCUUUGCAGACAUGGAGUACGAUGCUCCUCGUCCACCACAAGAUAUUGGUCAAGAUUUGCCAUUUGAUGAACGACUCGACUUACCUCCGGCCCUUAACGAGGAUUUUGCUAUCACCAUCACCAAGCAUUGGCACCAAUUCUGUAGUGAUGUCCUUCAGAAAUGUGGCAACAUGAAAGGCAACCCAUUGUCCCCUUCCCAUUGCCGUCUCACCAUGCAUGAACGUCUGGUCAUCACAGACGACAUUUACAAAGAGACCAACCUUGCUCUCAUUUUUAACCGUGUCCAGUGGAAGAGAGCACUUCCUAUGGAAUGGCGGGAGGCAUUUGAUAAGUUCUUUCCCCCUCCUCGUACAGCACCCCCCCUCCAACCCCAAAAUUAUCCCAACAUGACAUACUGGAUCGAGUGGGCAGAUAUGAAGAGGGACAAACCGGCUGCCAUCAUCGAUAUUAUUAGGUCCAAGUACUGGGAUCUUUUCAAGGAGUUAUAUUGGAUUCCCAAGCCAUACAAUGACCGUCUCUGGAAAUACACCCCAGACUCCGCCUUUGUCAUCCUUCCAUCCACUCACACAUCAUCUGCUCCUCACCUGCUCAUUAAUCCUGGCAGACGUGCUCCAACAUGGGACCCUGAACGUGUCGCUGGAGAAGCAGUUGAAGUGGCGGAAGAAGAGGAAGAGGAGCCAGCAGUUCAAGAUCCUGACUAUGUGCCAGCAACGGAGUGGAUUGACAAUGUGCCACCAAUUCCCAUGCGCAUUUAUAUGAGGCAAGAGGAAGAGGAGUCUGGAUCUGACACUGAAUGA